GCAGCUGAUCGUUGAUCCCUCCAACAGCAUCUCUUGUCGCACCAGGCAGUCUUGCCAAAGCCGGGGUCUCCACGAAUAGGUUGCCGUUCGGAACGAUUGACAGGACACAACUGCAUGCACAGAUAUAGGCAGGCAAACUUAGCGAUACCGCCGCAUCUGAUUGCAGCAACGUCCUCUUCAGCCCUACAGCUUUCACCGACAGACACCCCCGCACUCGCCGCCACAGCAGCCUGCCUUCUGACCGCAGCCGGACGCUUCUCACGACAGCUACGCCACCAUGUCGGGCAGCUCACUCAACUUCGUAACGUUCAACCAAGACCACAGCUGUAUUGCUGUCGGCACCACCAAAGGCUUCCGUAUCUACCACACGGAUCCAUUCUCCAAGGUCUUCAAGAGCGAUGAGGGUAGGGUCUCACUCAUCGAGAUGCUCUUCUCGACCUCGCUGGUGGCACUGGUGCUCUCCCCUCGCCAAUUGGUGAUACAAAACACAAAGCGUGGUUCCAUUAUCUGCGAGCUCACCUUCCCGACCGCCGUACUGGCCGUGCGGUUGAACAGGAAACGCCUGGCUGUGGUGCUUGAAGAGGAGAUCUACCUCUAUGAUAUCUCCAACAUGGCCAUGCUGACCACGAUCGCGACAUCGCCGAACCCGAACGGCAUCUUCGCUCUGUCGCCCUCGUCAGAAAACUGCUACAUGACAUACCCACUUCCCAAGCCGCGUGAGGACCAAGGCGAACGGCGACCCGCCCAUGCUCCUCCCCUGUCAGCCCUUGUGCCGCCGACGUCCGGGGAGGUCAUUGUCUAUGACACGGUCGGUCUGAAAGCCGUCAACGUGAUCGAGGCACACCGAUCGCCCCUCUCCUGCGUGGCCCUGAACAGCGACGGCACCCGGCUCGCCACAGCAUCCGAGACUGGCACGAUAAUCCGAGUCUUCUCCGUCCCAGACGGCCAGAAACUCUUCCAGUUCCGCCGCGGAACUAUUCCAUCCAGCAUAUACAGCAUGUCGUUCAACCUCGCCUCCACGCUGCUCUGUGUCUCAUCCGCAUCGGAGACAAUACACAUCUUCCGCCUGGCCAGUCCUAGAAGCAGCACCGGCGCGGGAGGUACCGCUCGCGCGGAAUCCGAAGCCCCAAGCUCGCCCCGCACAAACCGCUGGUCCCGAGCCCGCAGCAUCGACAGCGCCGACUACUCGCCCAGCGGCAGCACGACCGGCUCGUCACCGCGCGGCGGCGAAGGGCCCGAGUAUGCCGUCCCGCCAGCCGCGGGUCCCAGCAGCAACAACGGAGGCAGUGAUGCCGCGGCGCCGUCCAGGGGUCUGCUUGGCAGCAUGCUCCGGCGCUCGUCUCUGAUCGUGGGUCGCAGCGUGGCCGGGGCUGUCGGGUCCUAUCUUCCGCAGUCGGUGACCGAGAUGCUGGAACCGCAGCGCGACUUUGCGAGCAUCAAGAUCCCCCGGCCGACCAACACGCCGGGGGCGAGGAAUAACAUGGCGCGUGGCGCCUCUGCGCCUCUGAAGAGCCUGGUCGCCAUGUGCAGCAAUGCACCGCAGGUCAUCGUCGUGACUAGUGAUGGCGGCUUCUACAUCUAUCAUAUCGACUUGGAGAGGGGUGGUGAGGGAUAUCUCUUGAAGAAGUUCUCUAUCCUCGAUAGCGACGACAAGCUAGAGUCCUCGGCGUACGGUUCAUAGGAGCGGACCGACGCUGAUUGGGAGCGGUAUCGUCUUGAUACAAUCUUUCCGCUAAGGGACCUUGCAGCAGGGGGGGAUCGGCGAAGUGGCGAAGGGAACACA